AUGAAAAGCACCAGUUGGAUUAGAAAGAACUGGCUUCUUGUAGCUGGGGUGUCUUUCAUAGGUGUCCACCUUGGAACAUACUUUAUACAAAGGGCUGCAAAACAGUCCAUAAAAUCUCAGUCUGUAGGCAAACAAAAGAGUAUUGAAGAAUGAAUUGAAAUAAAUGUUUGCAAUUAAUGAUAUGUCACUAAAUCAUAUUCUGAUAAUCUUCAGAAACAAAACUAUUUAAUAGCCAUAUUGCUGCAUAUUCAGACCUUCAUUUCUAAAGAAUAUAUUUUUAAUGUUAAUACACAUGACAAUGCAGUAAACAGAAAAAUAUGGUUAAUAAAAUAAAAGCUGUCAUCACAAGUUACAA